AUGUUGGCUAAUCUCAUCAGUGUUCAGUCCGCUAGUGUAUUGGAUUUUUCGUCAUUCAACCGAAAACUUAUCUGGUGUGCAUUUCGCGAUCUGCUCAUUUUUUCAAUAUCGCUAAAAAUAAUUUUCUGGAGAACAACAAGGUAUAAAAAGGAAGAGGGGGAAUACGCUGACCCAUUGUCUGUAAUGUGCACAGGAUGUGGAAAGUCAUCUGUGAUACCAGUGCAAAACGUACUAUGCAAGCACAUCAGCUGCUAUACAUGUUUUCACACCGGCGACUUCGCUUGUGUAGCGUGUGGAGGCGUUGCAAGGAGUGACUCUUUUCGUUUUCUAUAA